UUCUGAAUGCCUCAAAAGGCAUACUAGUAAACCUUUUUAUAUAUUUAACUUUUAUGAAAUGGACUUAAGACUCGCAUUUCUGUGCUUUAUAUUUUGUUUUCGGGAUGUUUCAACCGCUGUAGGAGAUGACACGUGUGCAUCCAGUCCUUGUCAGAAUGGCGCGACAUGCGUGGAUCAGACCGAAGGCUACACGUGCGUCUGUUCCUCUGGGUACUCUGGAGAGACUUGCCAAACAGACAUCGACGAGUGCUCGUCUGCACCAUGCCAGAACGAGGCCACGUGUGUUGAUAAUGUCAACAAGUAUACCUGCACGUGUAAAGCCGGUUACCAUGGCGUCAACUGCGAGAUCGAAGUUUACGAGUGUUCGUCAAACCCCUGUUCAAACGGUGGCACGUGCAAUGACGUCAUAGCGGGGUACUCGUGCACGUGUAUGCCUGGGUACCAAGGGACACACUGUGAAAAUGAGAUCGACGAAUGUUUGUCGUCUCCAUGCCAACAUGGCACGUGCAUCAACGAAAUCGGUAAAUACUUGUGCACGUGUGAAUCAGGAUACGAGGGGACAAAUUGUGAUAUAGAUAAGGACGAUUGUGCCUCCUCCCCGUGCCUAAACGGUGCCUCGUGUGUAGAUUUAGUCAAUAAUUACACAUGCACGUGUGUCCAGGGCUUUGAGGGAUUAAAGUGCGAAAUAAACAUAGACGAAUGUGUUGACCACCAAUGCCUGAAUGGAGCCACGUGUAUGGACCAGGUUGACGGCUACACAUGCGCGUGUGCAGAGGGCUUCAUAGGGACGUAUUGUCAGGACGGCAACGCUAUUGACGAAUGCGCCUCAGAUCCGUGCAAGAACGGCGCAUCUUGCAAUGACUUCAUUAAUCAUUACAUAUGCACCUGCCCGGAGCUUUUCGCUGGCGUCAACUGCCAGGCUGCUCUGACGAAUUCUUCCAGUAGUGAGGCACUCAAAAACCUGACCCAGAUCGUCGACGCCGGGAACUACAACAUGGUUCUGAAGCAGACGGAGAAUUGGACAAGAUCAGAUGUAACGCCGACAGAUGCAGACAUCAUUUUUGCUAUCGAAAUAUUGCAAACUAUAGCUAGUUUGAGCGUUCCAUGGACCACAGAGGCAAUAACAGAUGCGUUUUCAAUUGUGGAGAACGUACUCGAUUCCGGGAAAGAAGCUAUAUCCGCCGCACAGUCGGCGGAACGAACAUCAAACAGGGUAAUUCAAGUUAUAGAUACUCUUUUAGACCAGUUGAACGUUUCUGGGAAUAAUGACGUGGUUAAAAUUACCACUAAAACCAUGGCUGCUGCCGUCGUUGAGCAAGCCGGAAGUAUUAACUCCGUGGUUGGUAUUCGAAUGACAUCGGCGUCUGAGGUUUCCCCCGACGCCCUUGUCACUGUCAGAGCUUUCGCCGCUGAAGACAACUCGGACGUUGACGUCGGCAUUAAACUGGAUGCGGCUCUUGUUGUCAAUUACACAACAAAACUCUCGUUUGUCGUCCACACCAAUCCAGUAUUAUUUGUCGAGGAGAACAGUACGUACCAGGUCAAUAGUAUGGUAGUUUCCGCUACCCUGAAAAGGGAUGGAGAAAAUGUGGAGAAACUGAACAACAACAAGGUCUGGGUAACGCUUAAAAUUACAGAGCAAAACACAUUGCCUCUCUGUGGAUAUUGGGACAUUGCGGAAAACCAGGGAUACGGUGGGUGGCGGACGGACGGAUGCUCAGUCGAACAGGAUUCGCAAAGUCACGUUACUUGCUCUUGCAACCACCUCACCAACUUUGCUAUUCUCAUGGAUCCAAGGAACACUAUUCCGCCCCUAUAUCAGUUUAGUCUCGGUGUGAUUUCCAAAGUGGGUCUUGGACUUUCAAUUGCUGCCCUCAGUAUAACCAUUACAUUCUUUAUUGCAUUCAAAACGCUGAGAGAAAAGGAUCACCAGAAAGUUCUCCUGAACCUGAGCGUGUCACUGUUCUGUUACUCUGUCAUCUUCCUAGCAGGGAUAGAUAAGACAGGCUCCCGGUCGGGAUGUGUAACAGUUGCUGCUUUGCUCCACUAUUUCAUCCUGACGUCCUUUAUGUGGAUGCUUGUUGAUGCCGUCCAGCUUUACAUAAACAUCGUGCUGGUCUUCGCAAAAUACAAUCCCACCAGAUUUAUCGUCUUAGCCAUGAUAUUUGCAUGGGGUCUACCAUCACUUCCUGUCAUCUUUAUACUUGCUUAUGAUCGGAGCAUUUACUACAACGACCACGGAUAUUGUUGGAUGGAGCGGGGCCCACUUACGUUUGCCUUCAUCAUCCCGGUGGCCUUAAUUUGUACCGUCAACUUGUUCAUUUUCCUCAUCAUCACGUUCAAACUAUGCUCGCGUGCCCACAAGAAGCUGACUCAAAACCAGAAAAGUCGCAGACAGUUUGGAUUGAUCGGAGGGUUUGCGAUGUUCAUUUUGCUUGGUCUGACGUGGAUUUUUGGUUUCCUGACAAUUGACGAUUCUCAACUCGUUUUUCGCUACCUGUUUGCGAUCUGCAACUCUUUGCUCGGAAUCUUGAUCUUGGCGCUAUUUGUUGUCAGACGUGGCGAGACGCUGAAACUAUGGCACGAUUUAUGCUGCAAGAAGAAGGUUCUUACUAAAAUAAGUGCUUCUGACACGUGGGCUCCAAAGCAACACAUGCACUCUAAGAGAACACCCGUAUCAUUUGUUCCACGCCAACUGACACAAGUCGAAAAGCCCAGCAAGAGGGCACGAUUCUAUGAGGAUGGAAUGUAAUCAGAAAGAAU